AUGACUGGUGUAAAUCAUUCAACCGGCCGCUCCUCCGCGCCAAAUGCCGCAGGUAAGAAUCAUCUCAGCCCGCGCCGUGGCCUGUGCCUCAUUACCACUCUACAGAAAGCAUCACACCGUGGCCUAGAAGCCAUCGGAGCCAAAUACGGCGAUAGUUUGGGAGCCGUGGGCGACCCACGCAUCUCCAUCCAGUCACGUAGACUCGAGAGCACAAAACGUAGCCCUAACAGCAUGAACACCUCGCCAGUCGGAACUGGCACUGGCACCAACGCUAUCCAGGUUGGUACUAAUUUUGGUGGCCAGUACUUUACCAGAUCUCGCCUUUGGGGCGUCAGCUCCUUCAUGGGUAUUACUUUCUUAUCAGACGAGGGCGGGGCUUGGCCACCUUGCCAGAGGAAGAAACAGAUCCAACCAAGCCAAGUCUCUAUCGAUAAUGGCUUCAAACUCCCAGAUCGAUCGACCGUAGAAGCUUACUUCUCUGUCUUCCGUACGUCCGCCUUGCGAUUGGUGUUCCCAAUUGUGGGCAUUGAUUCAUUUUCGAGUACUGACAGUCGGGCUUUCAAUGACGUAGCUGAUCAUUCCCGUGAUUCGAAUCGUGCCAAAGCAUGUGUUUUCUCCUUCUUGGCUAUAAUGAUCCUCUUGGGGGACAAACUUGAGUCGUUCCUCGUGAUCGAAAGCGAUCAGUGA